AUGGUCCGGGAGAGCGGACAGUCCAACAUCAGCUGUGUGUCAACCAUCAACCUGCGGCGUUUCAUUGGCUGCGCAGUCCGGGAGUUCACCUUCCUGGCCAGGAAGCCUGGCUGUGGGAGUCUGCACAUCACCACUGAUGCCUGCUGGGGGCGCUGUGAGACCUGGGAGAAGCCAAUCCUGGAGCCUCCCUUCAUUGAGUCCUAUCAGCGGGUUUGUACUUACAAUGAGACUCGGCUGGAGACUGUGAAACUACCAAACUGUCAGCCCAAUGUAGAUCCAACAUACACCUACCCUGUGGCCUUAAGAUGUGACUGUGGAGUGUGUCUGACCAGCACUACUGAAUGCAUAACUUCUGUGUGA